CGCUCAGCAGGCAACCUCCUUGGUACGAGUUUUCCGGCCCGGGUUUGUGACCGGUUGGGGCUGGGUGUCUGAGCGCUAGAACGAAGCUGCGGGGGAACCCUCCUCAAAGUGCCAGAAAGCUACCGGACGCCAUUCCCGACAGUCAGUGUGUCUUCUUACAGCAACUGGUAGAACCAUGGCAACAACACCUGAUGCUGCUUUUGACACUCUCAUGAAUGGAGUGACCAGCUGGGAUCUUCCCGAAGAGCCCAUUCCCAGUGAGCUCCUUCUUAUUGGGGAGGCAGCCUUCCCAGUGAUGGUGAAUGACAAGGGCCAGGUGCUCAUUGCUGCCUCAUUCUAUGGCCAAGGCCGUCUUGUGGUAGUAUCCCAUGAGGGCUACCUGAUGCAUGCUGGCUUGGCUCCAUUUCUUCUCAAUGCAGUGAGCUGGCUCUGUCCCUGCCCAGGGGCUCCCACUGCAGUGCAUUCUUCCUUGGCAUCACUAGUUAACAUCCUGGGUGACUCUGGGAUAGAGGCCCUGUUUCAGCCUGAACCAGGAGAGGCUCUGGGAGUUUACUGCAUUGAUGCCUACAAUGACACCUUGACUGAGAAGCUGAUCCAGUUUGUGAAGCGUGGUGGAGGCUUGCUCAUUGGGGGUCAGGCCUGGUAUUGGGCCAGUCAACAUGGUAGUGACAAGGUGCUGUUCAGUUUCCCUGGGAACCAGGUGACAAGUGUGGCUGGAGUGUAUUUCACUGAUGUCUAUGGGGAUAGAGACCGGUUCAAGAUCUCUAAGAAGGUACCCAGAAUCCCAGUGCACAUCAGGUGUUGGGAGGUGCUCAGGCGUGACCAGGAGCAGCUUCUGGAUGGGAUCUCUAAGUUGGACAUCAAGACUGGAGGUGUCCCCUCCCAGCUGCUGGUGCAUGGGUCCCUGGCCUUUUCUCUGGGGCUAGAUACUGACCUUAGCUGCUUCUUAGCUGCUGCCCACUAUGGCCGUGGCCGCGUGGUGUUGGCUGCACAUGAGGCCAUGCUCUGUGAUUCUAAGAUGGAGCCCUUUUUGUUCAAUGCUAUACGUUGGUUGGCUAAAGAUCAGGGAGACAAUAUUGGGGUGAACAAGUGCCUCAAAAAUCUGCAUUCCUUAUUGUUGGAGCGUGGGUUGAAAUGCAGCCUGAAGUCCCAUUUGGCCAAUGACAUGUGUGUCUACUGCUGUGUGGCUUAUAGUGACCAGGAUGCCAAGAAAAUACAGGAGUUUGUCGCAGAGGGUGGAGGCUUGCUCAUUGGUGGCCAGUCCUGGUGGUGGGCUUCCCAGAACCCAGGCAGCUCUGCUUUGGGUGGUUUCCCUGGGAACAUCAUACUCAACACCUUUGGCCUCAGCAUCUUGCCUCGGACCCUCAGCCCCGGCUGUUUCCCUGUCCUCCCUGCAGAGAUAAGGGACUACCACUUUCGAAGGGCUCUCUCUGAGUUCCAGGCUAUGUUGAACCACAAAGGUGGGAACUUAGAAAAGAAGUAUUUGGUAAGGUUGGGAGUAGAUGCUUCUGGCUUCCUUCAGAUACCUGCCCAGGGAAUUCCUGCUUAUAUAUCUGUGCACCGGAUCUUGAGGAAGAUGCUGCGACAGUCAGGCCUCCCAGCUGUGAGCAAGAGAAAUCCAAUUUCCAGUCAUUCCUGCGAGGCUGCAAUGCUACAUAUAGCCACAGAGCUAGCACAUUCUGGGACUGACUGCUCCCAGCUAGCUCAUAGCCUUGGCACUCAGACUGACUCCUCCAAUCUCUGCCCCUCAGAGCACCCAAUUACGGUGGAGAUCAAUGGAACCAACCCAGGUGACAGUGAUGCCUGGAUGAGCACUGGGCUCUACCUCCUGGAAGGACAAAGUGCAGAGAUCUUUCUCUCUGAACCUGCUGCUUCUGCUGGCCUGAAGGUGCAGGUUGGAUGUCACACCGAUGACCUUAGCAAGGCCAAAAAGCUGUUUUGAGCCCCUGUGGUAACUUACCGGUGUUGUAUGGACAGAAUCCAACGGUCAGUCUCCUGCCUCUGGGGUGGUCUCCUGUACAUCAUUGUGCCCAAGGGCUGCCAACUUGGCCCAGUAUCUGUUACCAUCGGGAAGGCAGUGCCUUCCCCAUACUACAAACUAGGUAAGACAUCGCUGAAGGAGUGGAAGAGCUGUAUCCAGGAGAACCUGGGCCCCUGGGGAGAGCUGGCCACAGACAACAUCAUCCUGACAGUGCCAACUACGAGCCUCAAGGAUCUGGAGGAUCCAGAGCCUCUGCUCAAGCUCUGGGAUGAGAUGAUGCAGGCUGUGGCCAGGCUAGCAGCCCAGCCCUUCCCUUUCCAAAGGCCUGAAAGAAUUGUCGCUGAUGUGCAGAUCUCAGCCGGCUGGAUGCAUUCGGGAUACCCCAUCAUGUGCCACCUGGAGUCUGUGCAGGAACUCGUCAAUUUGACAACCAUACGAAGUAAGGGCCUGUGGGGACCCAUCCAUGAGCUGGGCCACAAUCAGCAGCGCCGGGGCUGGGAGUUCCCCCCCCACACCACCGAGGCCACCUGCAACCUCUGGUCAGUCUAUGUCCAUGAGACAGUCCUGGGCAUUCCCAGGGCUCAAGCCCACCCUGCCCUGAAACCUGAAGAACGAGAGAGGAGGAUCAAAGAACAUCUUCAGAAGGGAGCACCCCUGUGCAACUGGAGUGUCUGGACAGCACUGGAGACAUAUCUGCAGCUCCAGGAGGCCUUUGGGUGGGAGCCAUUCAUCCAGCUCUUUGCUGAGUACCAAACCUUUUCUCACAUCCCCCAGAACAAUGAGUGCAAGAUGAACAUAUGGCUGAAGUUGUUCUCUGAAAAGGUGCAGAAGAACCUGGUUCCUUUCUUUGAGGCCUGGGGCUGGCCUAUUCAGAAGGACAUGGCUACUGACCUGGCCAGCUUUCCUUGCUGGCAGGAUCACCCCCUGAGGAUGUACAUAGAGGAGUAAGGGCUGUGGAGGAGGAAGUUGGGAGGUGGGCGCUGGGGUGUGAUGGGGAGGAAUGAGGAAGCAUCAUACUGUUCUACUGUAUUCUGGCUUGGGAUACUCGCUGCCUUAACUGUUUUAUCAACUGUUUGUCUUUAAAACAUAUUUUGGCUUGUUUUAAAUAUCAUUCUAUGCUUUCUUGAGAAAGCUCCUUGUGAUAAUGAACCUAGAAAACAUGCCUUUCCAUCUCAUCAGUACAUCCUCAACUCAGGGACCAUUUGCUUAGAUAUCUCCAGUAUCGCUUGGGUGGUGCUUCGCACAAGGAAAGCACUAAGGAAAUACUUGCUAUAUGAAAGAUCACCAAAGACUCCUAACACAGAAGAAAAGUCAGUCCAUUGUCCUAGGACUUGUGUACAGCAUUUUCUAUGAAUGACACAGAUAAUUUCCCAGCAGACUUCCAAGGCAGAUACAGGUAACCUUUGCUCAUCACACAGGAGAAAAUGACGUGGAUAUUAAAACAACUUCUGUAGUCGAAGCUGAGAAGAGUUUGACAGAUGUACAUAAUAAUGAUAAACUAUAGAUCUUAUCCUCAAUAGGUUUAUGAUUUUAACAAAAAUUUGCCCAAAAAAUAGACGAAAGCUUAAUGACCUUUAACUUUUUUCCUAUGCUUAUUAUUGAAUUUUGACUAAAUACCAGGUUAAAUCUCUAAGUGGCUUUGCUGUCUGAUUUUCUCUUUACUUUGUAUAGACUUGUGUGCCUUGGGAUACCAGCCUUGGGAAAAUAUUUGAACUAAGAAAUUUCUGUUCCCAAACUGGUGAUAU